AUGAUGGAGGCUGUCUGGGAUUUUCACUUCCCCUUAUUCUCUGCCAGCAGCAAGGUUCUUCGAGAAAUAGCAGGCCACUUUGGCUGUGCACAUCCCACUGACCCAGUUGAUUAUUAUCCUUUGCUUGAUGAUUUCCCCACCUCGGUCCCAGAUGUCUCCACCCCCAUGCUCCCACCAGUAGGUGUACAGGCUGCGGCUCUUACCCACGAUGCCGUGAGGGUCAGCUGGGCGGACAACUCUGUCCCUAAGAACCAAAAAACAUCCGAAGUACGACUUUACACUGUCCGCUGGAGGACCAGCUUUGCUGCGAAUGCGAAAUACAAGUCAGAAGACACAACAUCUCUGAGUUACACAGCAACAGGCCUCAAACCAAACACAAUGUACGAGUUCUCGGUCAUGGUAACAAAAAACAGGAGGUCAAGCACGUGGAGCAUGACUGCACAUGCCACGACAUACGAAGCAGCCCCAACCUCUGCUCCCAAGGAUCUGACAGUCAUUACUCGAGAAGGGAAGCCUCGCGCUGUCAUUGUGAGCUGGCAGCCUCCCUUGGAAGCCAAUGGGAAAAUUACUGCUUACAUCUUGUUUUAUACCUUGGACAAGAACAUACCAAUUGAUGACUGGAUUAUGGAAACAAUCAGUGGUGAUCGGCUUACUCAUCAGAUCAUGGAUCUCAACCUUGACACUAUGUAUUACUUUCGCAUUCAAGCACGAAAUGCCAAAGGAGUGGGGCCCCUAUCUGAUCCCAUCCUCUUCAGGACUCAAAAAGUGGAACACCCUGACAAAAUGGCUAAUGACCAAGGUCGUCAUGGAGAUGGUGGUUAUUGGCCAGUUGAUACUAAUUUGAUUGAUAGAAGCACUCUCAAUGAGCCACCCAUUGGCCAGAUGCACCCCCCACAUGGCAGCGUCACUCCUCAGAAGAACAGCAACCUGCUUGUGAUCAUUGUGGUCACCGUUGGUGUCAUCACAGUGCUGGUGGUGGUGAUCGUGGCCGUGAUUUGCACCCGGCGCUCUUCAGCCCAGCAGAGAAAGAAACGGGCCACUCACAGUGUUGGCAAAAGGAAGGGCAGUCAGAAGGACCUCCGGCCCCCUGAUCUUUGGAUACAUCAUGAAGAAAUGGAGAUGAAAAACAUCGAGAAGCCAGCAGGCACUGACCCUCCAGGAAGGGACUCCCCCAUCCAAAGUUGCCAAGACCUCACACCAGUCAGUCACAGCCAGUCAGAAACCCAAAUGGGGAGCAAGAGCACCUCUCAUUCAGGUCAAGACACUGAGGAAGCAGGGAGCUCCAUGUCCACUCUAGAGAGGUCACUAGCUGCACGCCGAGCCACCCGGGCCAAACUCAUGAUUCCUAUGGAUGCCCAGUCCAACAAUCCUGCUAUUGUGAGUGCCAUCCCUGUGCCAACCCUAGAAAGUGCCCAGUACCCAGGAAUCCUUCCAUCUCCCACGUGUGGAUACCCCCACCCGCAGUUCACCCUCCGGCCUGUGCCAUUCCCAACACUGUCAGUGGACCGAGGUUUUGGAGCAGGAAAAACAGUGAAUGAAGGACCCACCACCCAACAGCCACCCAUGUUGCCCCCAGCUCAGCCUGAGCAUCCCAGCAGUGAGGAGGCACCAAGCAGAACCAUCCCCACGGCCUGUGUUCGACCAACUCAUCCACUCCGCAGCUUUGCCAACCCUUUGCUACCUCCACCAAUGAGUGCAAUAGAACCGAAAGUCCCUUACACACCGCUUCUGUCUCAGCCGGGGAUCAAUAUGUCAGUGGACAUGACAAGACCAAAACUCACUUCAUUGUACUGUGAAAUUGAGUUUGAUUUUCCCUCUGCAAAUUGGAGCACGUGCUUCAAUUUGUCUGAGGAUUUAGGACAAGGAGUGGGUGGAGGUGGCUGA